CAAUAUUUGUCCCUUAAAUCAUUUUUCUUGGUUACUUUUUUCCAUUCCCUUUCUCAACUGACUCUCCGUGUUCAACUCGCGUUUUUAGCAGACGCAGGAGACAAAUUGGAGCAAAAAAAACUCGCAUAAAUUUAGUGUGUGUGAGAGAGGGAGAGAGGUAGAGAGAAGAACAGGACAAAGAAAAGGAGAAAAAUAUAUUAAAACAUAAACAGAGAUGCCCUUCAUCAUUUCUUGUUCAAUCGUUUGAAAUUUAUUUAAAAAGGCGCUGCCUGUUGCUAAAAAUCGAUCGUUAUCUUCUGGGUAUCGCCGAUUAUUGCAACUGGUGGUAUCUGUUUGAUUUGCUAUUUUUUUACCCCCAUUUUUUAGAUCUUGAGUGGAAUUGUUUGUCAAAAGGGGUGAAUUUUUCUUGAUUGAAUUUAGAGGAAAAAAAAGGACUCUCUCUGUGGUUUUGAAAGGUGGUUUUUUGUGCAAGCAGUUUGUUUGUGGUGUGAUAUGGCGCUGUUGUUUGCAUCGCAUACAUAGAAAAUGUCGUUUUACAUCGGUCGCGAGGCUUCCAAGCUAUGGAAGAGGUUUUGUGCGGAGAUCACUACGGAAAUUAACCUUCUUGCUGAGAAUUGGAAGUAUAUUUUAGGGGGUCUCAUUUGUCAGUAUAUUCAUGGGCUAGCAGCUCGGGGAGUUCAUUAUUUCCAUCGGCCAGGACCAACACUUCAGGAUGUUGGCUUCUUUCUUCUCCCGGAACUCGGGCAAGACAGAGCCUACAUUAGCGAAACAGUGUUUACCUUUGUUUUUCUCUCUUUCGUCUUGUGGACUUUCCAUCCUUUCAUAUUGAAGAACAAGAAGAUUUACACAGUCCUUAUUUGGUGCAGGGUCUUAGCAUUCUUAGUUGCUUGUCAGUUUCUUCGGAUCAUAACUUUCUACUCUACUCAGCUUCCCGGUCCUAAUUACCAUUGCCGAGAGGGAUCAAAACUCGCCCGAUUGCCUCCUCCGGAAAUUCCUAAAGGUGUGCUUUAUGGCUGUGGCGACUUAAUAUUUUCCUCUCACAUGAUAUUUUCUCUAGUCUUUGUGCGUACGUAUCAUAAAUACGGCACUCGAAGUUUUGUGAAGCAGAUUGCAUGGCUGAUUGUUAUAAUCCAAAGCUUGUUGAUUGUGGCUUCGCGAAAGCAUUACACAGUCGAUGUUAUCGUGGCAUGGUACACGGUUAAUUUGGUUGUGUUCUUUAUCGACAAAAAGUUGCCAGAACUUCCGGAUCGUUCUAGUGGCACUGUAUUCCUUCCAUUGACGAAGGAUAACCGGAUAAAUAAGGAGGAGAAUCACAAGCUGCUUAACGGAAAUUCUGGAGAUUCAGCUGAUUGGGUAUGAAAUUUAGCCUCUUUUUGAAUUCUACCCCCGAGAUUACCCUAACUACGAAAAAAACUCAAUUUUUCUUUUCUUUUUCUUUUUUU